AUGAACAGAUCAUCUCAUAAACGAUAAAGAACACCGAACACACCAAAAAAAAUAAAGGAAUAAGAUUGUAAUCCUAUUCCAAGUUAACAAGUUGCUAAAUAAAUUAGAAAUGAUGAAGCUGUUUAGUAACUGAGUGCCAUUGACUAUCCCAAACAUUAAUUUAGAAGACAGGAUUCUCAAAAUUUUCAUCUAAAAUCAUCAUAAAAUUUAGAGAAAUCUUAUAAUUUAAGUAAGAGUCUUAUCUAAAAUAAGCUGAUAGAAUUUAUUCUCCUCCAAGAAAAUAAGAUUAAUCUCCUAAUUUGAGAAAAAAAGAAAAUGUCAAAAUUAUUGAUUCUUAUGAGGUUAGAUAUGGAAAACUGAACACAGAAAAUGUUCAGCUUUAAAAUCAAAUAUAAGCUGAUCAAUAAAGAUACAAUAAACUUAUAAACGAUUUAGAGAUGUAGCUUUAACAUUAAACUUAUAAAUUGCAAACCGAAUAACAUAAUACGAAAUAAUAAUAAUUGUUAUUAUAAAAAAAGAAUGAAGAAAUAUAAUUAUUAGUCAAUGAAUUAAAAAAAAAUGAAACUAAAAUUAUCUAGCUUUCUUAAAUUGUAUUUAUUAUGAUUAAUUAACAAGAAUGCUUAGCACUCUGAUGAAAAUUAAAAUUUGAAAAAUUAUAUCUAGAGUUUAGAAUAUGAUGUAAAAACUUUGAAAUAAUAAAUUCAAGAUUCCCAAUUAAAAAGUGCGAGGUAGGUAGAAGAAACUAAAAUAAAAAUUGAAAAUGAUUUUAUGCUUUAAAAUUAGCUACACUUAAAAGAUAUUUAAUAGUAACAUUAAUAAAUCAUGAGCAAUAAAAACGAUUAACUUAUAUCGGAAUAAUAAAAAUAUUCAAUUCUCUUGUCUUAAUUCGAUAAUUUAGUAAAUGAAAAAAAUAAGAUUUAAUAAGUGAUAGACAAUCUUUAAGAAGAUAAAAAAGCAAUUUAAUAAUAACUUAAUCAAUAAAAUUAAAUAAAUGAAGAGUUGAAGUAAUAAGGUUUAAAUUUGACAAAAGAUUUAUAAUUAACUAAUGAUAAGCUAGCACAAUAAGAAAUUUUACAUUAAAGAUCGAUGCAAGAACUUAAAUAGUAUUAUGAACAAUAAUAAAUUAAUAUUUUAUAAAGAAAAAUAAAUGAAACUGAAUUACAACAUUUAAGCUAAUAUCAACAAUAAGAUUCAAUAAUAAGAGACCUAUAAUAACAAUUGUAAUAAUCUGAGAAUAAUUAUUAAAUAAUAAAAAUUGAAAAUGCAAAAUUAUAUGCAAUAGAUUAAGAAUAAGAAAAAGAGAUCAAAAUAAUUUAAUAAGAAUUGGAAAGACUUGUUAAAAUAAAAGAUUUAGAAAUUAAAUCAUUACAAGAUGAUCUUUAAAAAUUAAAACAAUAAGCCUUAGAAUAAUCAUCAAAAUACUAAACAAAAUUACAUGAGCUAAGUAAAUAAGAAGUGAUUGCUAAUGAUAUCAAAAGUGAAUUAGAAUUACAAAAGAAUGUUACAAAAUAAUUAGAAAGUAAUAUUAGAGAGCAGUGGGAGAAUGAUGUUUCAGAAUUGAAAGUUUUUCAUUAAUAACAAAUACAACAUUUAGAGGAAUAAAUUAGAUUGUUAAAUUUUGAGAACGAAAAAUAAAUAAUUUAAAGCCGAAAGAAAGAUGAAUAAUUAAAUGAAUAGAAACUAAAUUAAUAGUUACUUGAAAAUUCAAUUCAUAGCUUGAAACAUUAGUUUAGCGAUACAGAAAAACAAAAAGUAAAAGAAUUAGAAGACUAUUAAAUGGAAUUGGAGAAUUUUAGAAAAGAAUUAAAGGAAUAAAAUUUAAAGUUAUAAUAAGAAAAAUUACUUAUAGAAUAAUAAUUAAAGUAAUAAAAAUAAAGAGUUAAAGAACUAGAAACUGUAAAAAUUGAGAUAGAAUUUGUUUCCUCCUAAUAAAUAUAAAAUUAAUAAGAAUAAAUAAAAUAAAAAGAUUGGCAAAUAAGCUAAUUAAAUUAAGAAAAGAAUAAAUUGGAUUCUUAAUUGAAAUUAAUAAAAGAAAAAUUGAUUUAAGCUGAGUUUUAAAUAGUAGAAUUAAAAUAAAGCGCAGAAAUAUAUUUAAAGGAAUUAGAUGAAUCUACUCAAUAAAGAGAUCUUGAAAGAAACUAAUUUAAUCAAAAAUUUGGUUUUUAAGAAACAAGAAUAUCAUAAUAUAAAUAAGCAAUAAAUUAAUAUGAAAUAGAAAUUCAUAAUUAAAAUAACAUCAUUGACAAGGCAUAAAAACAAAUGGAUCAUGCUUAGUUGGAAUCUUAAAAGAAAGCUGAGGAAGCAAGAAAAAAAGAGUAAAAAUUGUUAGAUCAGAUUGCUAACUUAAAUUUUUAAUUGUAAUCUAAUGAAGAAUAAUUUAUGAAGUACUAAGAGGAACAUAAGGAAUCUAAUAAAAAAAUUGAGUAAUUACUUUAGGAGAAGGAUGAUUUAAUAAAGAGCUUGGAAAAUUAAAAGGAAAAAUUAGUUGAAGUUAAAAAUGAACUGACAGAAGAAAUUGAAUAAUUAAAUUAAAAGAUUUAAAAUUAUGCUGAAGGAGAAAAUUAAAGAUAAGAUUGGGAAUUUUAGGUAGAAAAUGAGAAGGUAUUUAUUUAUUAUCCUAUUUUAGGCUGUUUUGAAUAACGAGAUUGAAAGAUUUUAAUAAAGGCUUGAUCAAAAAGAUUCUAAAUUAAAUUAAUUGUAGUAAUAAUAUACAAAUUUGGAAAUCUAAUUUUAAGAUAAAGAGUUAUUGUAUAAUACUUUAAGAAGCUAAAUUGAUUAGAAUUAUGUACAUAUUGAAGAUUAUGAAUAAUUGAAAUCUAAAAAUAGUAAUUUAUUAAAUGAGCUUCAUGAAAUUGAGAGUAACUAAUUGAAAUCAAAUAGUGAAAAGCAAUCAUUAAGAAGAUAGGUGGAAAAGUUGAAAAGUGAUCUUGAAAUUAAAGAAUAAGAAUUAGAAUAGGCAUUUCAAUAGAUGAGCAAGAAAAAAGGAGAGAUUGAAGAUGUAUCAAAAUUGACAAAAGAAAUAUAAAGAUUGACAUUUGAAUUAUCAGAUGCUCAAACUUUGCUAUAAGCAAAAAGUGAAUAAUUAAAUAUAAUGAGAAGAGAAAAUGAUGAUUAAUUAGAGCAAUUAAAUAGAUUGAAGAGAUAAUUAAAUUAGGCAUCAGAAAAGGAGCUUAUAAGAAAGAUAGAUAAAUCAGAACAUUUUUAGGAAAAUUUUUGA